AUUCUUUGUUCAACAUCGUCGAAUCUACGUCUUUCUCAAUCUGGGUCUCUCUCUCUUCACUCUUGCACCAUUGAAUCGAUCUGCCUAUUUUACAAAAAUUAUUAUUCCCUCAAGAACCCAACUUAUCGCAAUUAAUUGAUUUCAACAUAUUGACCAGGCAGGAGGCAGGAGAGUCCAGUGACGAGUUAUAAUUUCCAAGUGUUGCUAUUUUAUAGGGAAUUUUUGCACAUCCUAUUAAACAAGACAUAUAGAUAGAUUAAGGGGAAAGAAAUUUCGUUUCUUUGUUAGCUGUACGACGAUAAUAAUUCUGAGCCUGACGUUGUCGUAACUAAUUUUUGUUAGGACACUAAAUAAGAAAUAUGUGUGCCCAGUCUUCGUGACGACCAACCAGCAAUAAUCUACAUUUCUCCACUAUUAAAUUUCGCCACCUUGUAAUAAAAGAUCAAACAUAUAGAAUAGAUAUUCAACAAGACAAUUAAGUAACGAUCAUUUGACAUUUUUUUUAAUUGACAACGUAAUUUUUUAAAUCAAUUAAAAUCAGCAAUUAAUCAGCUGAGGAUUGCAUUUAUAACUCUACAUUCGAUUUUGAACGUCCGUACUACAACUCGAUUUGGUGUGGCCCGACAGACAUUAAACUGAUUGAAUAUCCAAGAAGAAAGGGUAGUGGCGAAGGAGAAGCUGAACAGUACAAUAAUAACAAAAUGAACAAUAUGGAAGGCGAGUCUAACGGGAUGGAGGGGAGUCAGAAUCAACGUCAAUGCCAAGCAGGGUGUGGUUUCUUUGGAAAUGCAGCAACAGACGGACUUUGCUCCGUGUGCUAUAAAGAAGUCGUCAAGAAGAAGCAACAGCCUCCCACUGGCAGCUUGAAAGUCCCGUCCCCUCAGCGAACCACACCCGUCCCCUCCUCCGUUGAGUCUCGCUCAUCCCCCAUCUCAUUCCUACAACAGCCCAAAGCGGAGGGCGAGGGGGCUGUUAAAGAUGACGAAAAACCUUCUACGGCUGCGGCAGCCGCUGUGGCUUCGACUCCAGAGUCAUCGAAUAUGGAGAGCGUCGGCGUAUCUGAUACCAAAAAGAAGUCCAAUCGUUGCAUGUCGUGUCGAAAGAAAGUCGGCCUUACAGGUUUUGAAUGUCGUUGUGGAGGCCUCUUUUGUUCUACUCAUCGCUACAGUGACAAGCACAAUUGCAGUUUUGACUAUCGUCAGCUGGGAGCUGAUGAAAUUCGCAAGAACAAUCCCGUGGUCGUUAGUGAAAAGAUCAACAAAAUCUAGGUUAAAUCUCAUCGUCGUUCGUCAUAUAUUCUUACCUUCUGUAUAAAAACAAACUUUUAGUGCGCUCAUGAGAAAUCAAAUGUCUAUAACCACCAGUAUGUCCAACGGGAGUAUGUCCUCCUGUUUACGUUGUUACGUUCUUACCGUCAUGUAUAUGUUGUAUUAAUCAAAUAUUUCUUACAAAUAUUCCAUACGCGUUAUUUAAGAGAGAUAAUAUUCUGUCGACGUCGUAUGUCGUUGAGUACGUAGAACCCUAUCGUAUCGUAUCAUCACCUCCUCCAUGAAUUCUUGACUAAGGUGACAAGUCUCACGGUAUAUGCAAUAAAUUUUAAACUGUGCUAUACAACA